GCCUUGACAGAGACCAACAAAACGUCAAAUUCGAACCGAUCCACCCUCUUUCCAUUUUCUUCCUCCUGUGAUCCCGUCCCCGUCGCGCCGCCAACCUGCCUCGCGACAUGCCCAGCGCCAACCUCAGGUCGCGCGCCGCCUUGGCCGCGUGCCUUGCGGUUCUCGCGGCGGCGGCGCUUCUCCACCGCAGGCGCCGCCGGAACCGGCCCCCUGCCUCGCCUCGCCGCCUCGUGGAGCUGCAGGGGCGCCCCCGCCGCGCCUGCGAGGAGGAGGAGAAGCCGCAGGGCCGGUUCAAGCGCGUGCUCGCUGACAACUCCUACUACCCCUUCAAGCACCUGCGCCGCCAGGGUGGACAGCCGGGACGCGAGGCCCCGCCGCCGCUGCUGGAAGAUUCGUCACAAAAAGUUCACCCGUUUGAGGAGGUAAUCACAUCUUUGCUGAACAAGCCCCCUGGUUGUCCUAGCUUAAUGCUGGCUAACCAAUGCCCAGAAAUGAGUACUUCAUACAAUUGGGUUGAUACAGAAGCUCAACUAGAGCAUCUGGCAAGAUUAUUGGGUGAGGAAAAAGCUUUUUCUGUUGAUACAGAGCAACAUAGCCUUCGGUCUUUCCUAGGAUAUACUGCACUAAUGCAGAUCUCUACCCAGAAGGAAGACUAUUUGGUAGACACAAUUGCAUUACAUGAUGUAAUGGGCAUUCUACGACCAGUUUUUGCCAAUCCUUCAAUCUGUAAGAUCUUCCAUGGAGCUGACAAUGAUGUUCUUUGGCUUCAGAGGGAUUUUCAUAUUUAUGUCGUGAAUAUGUUUGAUACUGCCAAGGCGUGCGAUGUUCUGUCAAAACCACAUAAAUCAUUAGCAUAUUUGCUAGAGCUAUAUUGUGGAGUGACCACAGACAAAACAAUGCAGCGUGAAGAUUGGAGAUUGCGUCCAUUGACACCAGAAAUGAUUGAGUAUGCUCGCAUUGAUGCUCAUUAUCUGCUGUACAUUGCAAAUUGUCUGACAUCAGAGCUCCACGCAAAAGACUGUGAUACUUCAGAUUCUUCCAAUGAUAAAAUCAGUUUUUUCUUCGAGGCUAGUCAUCGCUCAAAUAUGGUUUGCAUGCAACUGUAUACAAAAGAGAUUGAAUGUCCCCCUGGAGCUUCCACUGCAGCAUCUAUUCUCUCACGAAAUUUGCAAACUCAAGGACUUGACUCCAAAAAGUCUAGUGAAGUUAAGGAUCUUGUUUGGAAAUUUUGCGCAUGGAGGGACUUAAUGGCUAGGAUGCAUGAUGAAAGCUUACGAUAUGUUCUGUCGGACCAAGCUAUAGCUGCCCUUGCUGUUAAUGUUCCGAAAGGUCCGACAGAGGUGUCAGCUAUCAUAGCAGAAACUGAUUUAAGUACUUCAAGUGUGUACCCUUCCUUGUCAUCCCCAUCGCCUAUCGUUAUCGCUCAUGUUGAAGAACUUUGCUAUCUGCUUGAGGACACCACUGUCAGCAUGGACGACAUCUUCAAAAGUUUUCUAGAGAAGUAUAAAGAUCCAAGUGGAUUAUGUCGACUAUCGGUUUAUAAUUAUAACCUGAUAUCACAGCUAAGUUUGAAGCAAACAAAUAUGUUCUCCUUUGCUUCAAGUGGAGAGUUGUUGACAGCACCACCUAGUAAAAAGGCUUCCCGGGAGUUAUUCAUUAAAAAGUUCUCUUGUAAGUCCCCAGUAUAUCACAACUGCAGGAUCUAUGCUAGUGAUGGAAGACUGCUUUGCUACUGUGACCGCAAAAAGUUGGAAUGGUACACUCAACGUAAUUUGGCAAAAUUGAUAGAAGAUAAUCCUCCGGCAAUCAUGCUUCUGUUUGAACCUAAAGGUCGUCCAGAGGAUGAAGAUAAUGGAUUUUAUAUUCAGAGCAAGAAAAAUAUUUGCGUUGGAUGUGGAGAACAGAGUCACUAUAUCAGAUAUAGAAUAAUCCCAUCAUGCUACAGGAUGCAUUUUCCAGAGCAUCUGAAGAGCCAUCGUUCACAUGAUAUCGUACUUCUCUGUGUAGACUGCCAUGAAAUUGCUCAUUCAGCAGCUGAGAAGCACAAGAGGCGAGUAGCGGAAGAAUUUGGGAUACCCCUUUUUGUGCAAAAGAUAGUUAACUCGGGUGAUAUAAGUUUAAUAACUGAUGCAUCAGUAUCUGAAGAUAAAUCGAACAGAACAGGCGUCUCUCCUUUGCAGCUGAGGACUGCUGCAAUGGCUCUUCUACGACAUGGAUCCAAUAUGCCUUUGAAGAGAUGCGAAGAGCUAAUGCAGAUUGUGAAGUCAUACUAUGGUGGUAGGGAUGUGACUCCUGAAGAUUUGGAGAUGGCAUUACUUGUUGGUAUGAGUCCCCAUGAGCGAAGGCGUCUUGAAAAGAAAAAAGGUUAUUCGUUUAGAACUCAGGCUCAAAAUAUUAUAAGAAAGAGCAACCACAACACCAUCUUAGAAAACAGUGGACAUGAUUCAGAUAAUAGUCAUGCCUUAUCUGACCAAUUUCCAGAAGAUGGAACUGAGAGUAAUGGUCAACAAGAGUUUGAUGAAACAGAGAGUCAAAAUCAGCCAGAAGAUAAAACCUUGAGCCAAGUAAGCUCGAGUUUGCCAGUCAGUAUGGAUGAUUCCAAUUGCAAUCAUAACACGGCGACACUUGAGACAAACACUAAGCAGCAAGCAAGUGGCGCAUGUACUCCUGCAAACGGUCAUCUUGACAGGGAUCCUUGCAUCUUUGACAAUUCUAAUAAAGCCAUUUCGAAGAAUGAUGAGAAGAAGAUCUCCCUGUUGGGUCAUGGGCACCACGGCAAACAAGUUGUGGAGCUUUUGCUUUCCAAUGACGGGGAGGAAGCUAUUAACCAGUUUUGCCAAAGAUGGAGGCAGGUCUUUGUUGAAGCUGUUCACCCCCGCUAUUUACCGUCUGGCUGGAAUAUCAAGCACAGUGGACGGCGGGAUUUCGGUGACUUCAGUGUCUACAAGCCACCAAAGAAAGCUCAAUCUGAAAUCGAUUAGGCUACGGAUCUCUCCUAUACCUUCGCUGCCGUUGUACCCUGAGAGUUACAGGGGGGAAGAACGGUAAAAGUAAAACCAUCAGUGAACUAUACCUCAGCAUCUGGCACCUCUAAACCAUGUGUUAUAUACACUUGGGCUUGUUUGGGACACAGUAAUUUUACAGGAUUUUAGAAAACUGAAGAAAAAAAAUUCCCGUGUUUCAAACGGUUUCUGGAUUUUCAAGCAUCUGUUUUAGGAUAUCCUGAGCACAAUGCAAUCCCAGUAUCAGUUAAUCCCCCAAAAGAUUACUGGUCUCAUUUAUAUUUUAUUUGGCAAGAAAAAAUGAAGCGUGAAAUGCAGCAGCAGGAGGCAGGCAGCUGGGGCGAGCCACACAUGAUCCUCCCCCAUCUCGCCGUCACUGCCCCUCCACCACUCACCCGCGCUUGAAAACCCCACCAAGCUCACCUCUCUCCACCCAAACCCAAUCCAUCCAAACCCAUAUUUCCCUCCCUUCCAUUCCCCUCACUCUUCCACCUCCGCCGCCGGUGAUCCGCAUCGCCGCGGACCAGCCAUGUCGUGCUCCCACCUCUCUACCGCCUGGUCCUCCUCGGCGCUCGCCAGCACCUCCA